AUGUCUGAGGACCAGAUGCUCCGAGCAGGUUCGAGAGGCCCUGUUAUUGUUGUCAAUGUUAGUCGGUUCAGGUGCGAUGCUAUCAUUGUCCAAGAAGAUCACGUACGAACUUUACCAUUGAGCGACGUCACCUACAAAAUCAUCGAGUCAAAGGCUCUUGAAGUCAGGGAUCCUUACAUCCUGAUCUGGCUAUGGAAUAUCAUUGUUGGACCUGUUCUCGAGUAUCUGAGUUUUACGGACACACCGAACACGGCAAAAGCUUGGCCGCAUGUUUGGUGGAUUCCGACCGGCCCGCUGGUUGGCUUUCCUCUGCAUGCUGCUGGUGACCACUUUGGUGGUCAAGAACGGACAGCCCUUGACAGGGUGAUAUCGUCUUACAGUACAUCCGUUCAUGCCAUUCUCCAUGCUAGGGGCGCAAUACGCGAGGAAGGCGACGGCACCUCUACCUCAGAAUUCCUUCUCGUUUCCAUGACGAAGACGCCGGGCAUGAAGACGCUGCAGUAUGCUGCGAGCGAAAUUGAUGCUGUCAAGUUGGGCUGCAAGUCCAGGGGAAUCGACUGCACUCACGCGGCUGGAAGAUACAAAGAUGUACUUGCCGCGUUAAAUAGUGGUUGCAAGGUGUUCCACUUUGCUGGACACGGCCACACGCACUCCUUCGACCCUCUGCAGAGCCGCUUACUACUGGAAGACUGGGAGGAUCAAUCUCUGACAGCUGGCAUUCUUUUGGAGAUAAAUCUGAGGGAAACUUCUCCAUUUCUGGCAUACUUAUCGGCAUGUGGGACGAGCCAGAUCCUUAAUUAUAAAUCAGUUGACGAAAGCAUUCACUUGGCCGGCGCCUUUCAGCUUGCUGGCUUUCGACAUGUAAUUGGGACACUGUGGGAAGUUGAAGAUAGCUUAUGUGUGAAUACGGCGAAGAUGACUUACGAGGGAUUGUGGGAAAAGGGCAUGACUGAUGAUUCCGUUUGCCAAAGUCUCCAUCACACGAUCCGGCAUCUUCGCGACGACUGGGUUCAUAGCCAUCAAAUGCGCAACAGGUCAAAAAUAAGCCGGUCAAAUGUGGAGCAAGAGACGGUAACUCAACUCGAGGAGGAAGUGGGAAUGGAGGCACCUUUCAAAUUAGACGGAAAUGGUCUCACAAGGGAUAUAAGAAGGAGGAGGCCUGAAGUCAUGAGGUCAUGGUGGGUUCCUUACGUUCACUUUGGUCCUUGA